AUGGGAUAUAGAAGAGGUAGAAGAAGUAAUAUUCCGAGGACAUUGUCAUGGGAGACUGCAGCCAUUCAUAAGCUCCUCCAUUCUAUCCCAACGGAUAGAAGAAUGAGUAUCUCUAGUGUGGCAAUGAAUGUUCUCGUUUCAAUGAUGAGAGAUCUCACUCUUAAAGUGCUGUACAGAGCAAAGGAGAUUCUCACUUUGUCAAAGAGAAAGACUCUUACCGUUAGAACGAUUCAUUGUGCACUCCAUUUGACGAUGAGUGAUUGUGGUGAACUCACUAAACAUGCAAUCGUUAUGGGAAAGGCAAGAGUGGAAGAAAAAAUGAGCAACAAUACCUCUAUUGUAGAAUAUGAUGAUGAUGAAGAAGGAGGUGGUGGAGGUUCAAAAAAGUCUAAGGAAGUAUAUAUCAUCAAGGCCUCAAAGAUAAGAAUGGCACUCAAGAGAACCGGCAUGUUCCAACGUGUCGAGAAAAUGGCUAUGGAAUAUCUUGCUGCGGUGAUAGAGUAUAUCAUUUCCGAAAUUUUGGAACUUGCCUUUAACUCUUGCAUACAAUUCAAAAAAUAUAGAAUUAUGGCUAGCCAUAUCAACACUGGAAUCAGAUUAGAUAGGGAAUUGGAUAUCAAAAUGGGAUAUAGAAGAGGUAGAAGAAGUAAUAUUCCGAGGACAUCGUCAUGGGAGACUGCAGCCAUUCAUAAGCUCCUCAAGUCUAUCCCAACUGAUAGAAAAAUGAGUAUCUCUAAUAUGGCGAUGAAUGUUCUCGUUUCAAUGAUGAGAGAUCUCACUCUUAAAGUGCUGUACAGUGCAAAGGAGCUUCUCACUUUGUCAAAGAGAAAGACUCUUACCACUAGAACGAUUCAUUGUGCAAUACCUUUGACGAUGAUUGAUUGCGGUGAACUCACUAAACAUGCAAUCGUUAAGGGAAUGACAAGAGUGGGAGCAUAUGAUGAUGAAGAAGAAGGAGAUGGUGGAGGUUCAAAAAAGUCCAAGGAAGUAUAUAUCAUCAAGGCUUCAAAGAUAAGAAUGGCACUCAAGAGAACCGGCAUGUUCCAACGUGUCGAGAAAAUGGCUAUGGAAUAUCUUGCUGCGGUGAUAGAGUAUAUCAUUUCCGAAGUUUUGGAACUUGCCUAUAACUCUUGCAUACAAUUCAAAAAAUAUAGAAUUAUGGCUAGCCAUAUCAACACUGGAAUCAGAUCAGAUAUGGAAUUGGAUAGUUUGUUUAAAGACGUCACAAUUGCUCAGGGUGGUGUACAUACCGGACCAGUAAAAUCAAAAGUAGUAAAGAAAUCUGAAGCUGCUAAUGGUUAUUGUUUUAAACUGAUGAUUCCAAUUAUCAUUGGUGAACACAAUUGUUGUUGUAUAGAUAAUAUUAAUAAAUGA